AUGGCAUACCAAGAUGACCGGGCUGAAGAGCCCUUUCAGACUCACGAGCCAUAUCAUCCUGCUGGCUCUGUGACCGCAUCGCAAAGGCCCGCAACAAGCCAACCGCAUCUGAGCCAUCGCGUCUCUGCCAUGACAAUAUAUUCCGACGACAAUUCGUACCCUCAGCUCCACGGCCGCGAGUCUAUGGUGUCUCUCGACUCCUAUGCAGGAAACUCGAGCCCACCCCAACAGGAAUACGACGGACAUUCGUACGCUGCUGGGUCUGGAUGGUCCGCAUCAUUCGGCUACAAUGGAGCCGGGGGAUCGUAUGCGCCUGUGUCUGCAGCUGGGCCUCCUCCCUCGCGGUUCCCAUCUCGAGCCAAGAGUGCAUACGGCUCAUCUCUCGGAAGAACCAUUCAAGAGGAAACCACAGAAGACGAAGCAUACGAUCUGUCAUUGCUUGGUGGUGCAGCGCCCAUGGGCCACUCUGGUCGCUAUGAUCCCAUAAAAGAGGAUGAGGAUGAUGUGUCUCCUGGUUUCGACUUGAGCGCCGCGCUAGGACCAAUGACCUCGCACGAUGAGGUUUUCGUGAAGAAGCUUCAGGCCCAAGAGGCUAGCGGGAUGUUGACAGGAGGUUUGGGCCAAGGGUUUCAUGCGGACGUCAAGAUGCGUGAUGCCGAACUUCUGUCGUCGACCCCAUCUGUUCAGAGGAGUCUGUCGCGGUCGUUUUCGCGCCGCAAGCCGCCUGAGCAUCUUGGCCGAUUCGAGACAAUCCGGCAAAGAGGGCAGGACGAAGCUAAUCGCAAAGGAGAAGUCAUUGAGGUGAUAUUAGAGGAGGGACCAGGUGCCGACCUGAGCAGCAUCGAGGGACUCAGUACGGUUGCCUCUAAUGAUUUUCGCCGAUCAACAUUCCCGACUAAGGAGGGCAAGACGGAAAUAUUCUACCCUCAACCGAACUGGAAGCCUCCAACAAUGCGAUGGCCCUACCUCACUUUGCUGAUUAUCAUAUCGAUCGGGUUGGCUGUUGCACAGGAAUACCUUUUUCAACGAUUUCACGAAAAGCCCAUAGUAAAAUUCCGGUCGCCUAAAGAUAUAGACACCUUUGUCUAUUUUGCCAUCAAAUUCUUACCAACAGUAGUUGCGGUUACUUUCGGUGUGUUCUGGCAGUUCACUGACUUCGAAGUCCGCCGCCUGGAGGCUUUCUACCAGCUAUCCAGACAGCAGGGUGCUCUGGCUUCCAAGUCAAUCAAUGCCGACUAUGUCACAAGCUACAGCUUCUGGCGACCUUUUCGAGCGAUCAAGCUUGGUCACUAUGCGGUGGCUUUGUCUUCCUUCGCCUCAACCCUCGCCGUUUCCCUUGUACCAACCUGUGCAGCUGCUUCGAUCGUACUUACACCGAGCCGCAAGGAGCGUAUGGAAAACCCCAGUGGCAUGAAGGAGAUCUUUGUGGCCUCGGUUUGGUCGCGACUUUUGACGGUUACUUUGGUGUUAUGUGCAGCCAUGGGGUGCGGCUUACUAUAUGUUUUACAAACUCGACGAUCAGGCCUGCUCGCUGAUGUCAGAGGCAUUGCUGGUCUGGCUAGCAUGGCCGUAGUGAGUCAUGUCUUGAUGGACUUCAAAGACAUGGACACAGCCAAGCAUAAAGACAUUCACCAAAAGUUGAAGCGUCGUCGAUACAUGCUGAGAAAUUCUUCGCUUGCACCUUACGAGGGCACAAGCACAAAGGUGGAAACGGACAGCGAACAGGAUGAUGGCACCCAUCUCUCAGAGCACCCGCAUCCCCUGAUGCUACGUCCAAUGGGAUGUAUCCCUUUCAUCAUUGGUUUGAUCCUCUUUGUGGCAUUGAUCCCAACGUUCCUCUUCACUCCCGCCCAGAUCAUCACAGACAAGGCUGCGUGGGUCGUCACUGCGUUGGCCGUCAUCCUCAAGCUAUGCUGGGGCGCGAUGGAGACAUCCGUUCGUAUGAUGGAACCUUACUAUAUCCUCUCAAAGCGACAUGCGCACUCAAAAGUUCUUACCCUUGAUUACACCGCACUACCGUUUGCUUAUAUGCCGCUACGAGCGCUCUUGAACGGCCACUUUCUAGUGUUUCUUGUUGGGUUCGGCAGUGUCAUGGCUGAAUUCCUGACAAUCCUUGUAACCAGCCUUGCAACGGUGGAUGGGCAAGGCUUCAUCACAGGAUAUGGAAUGGAUAAAGGGAAGUGGAAGGAUGACAAGGAGAACAGUGAAUUACUCAACUCUGGACAGGAGACGAUACGCUCAUUCUAUAUCACCCUCGGCGCCACAUUAUUCAUACUCAUGUACAUGUUUGUUGUCUCAAACAUGGUGUUCUUCCGCCGGCGCCAUCCUUUCCUGCCGCGUCAGCCCAACACUAUUGCGUCAAUUCUGGCUUUUAUCCACCAGAGCAAGAUGCUGUACAAUUUUGUGGGAACCUCGAAGCUAAAUAACGCAGAGAUGGCGAAGAAGCUUGAUGACGGUAAGACGUAUGGACUAGGAUGGUUUACUGGAAGAGAUGGACAGACACACUGCGGAGUGGACCAGGAGGAACUGACUAGUUCCUACAAGCAUGGUGUCGACUAUACGACGAUGAACAAUCCAUGGAAUGCACAGUGGGAUGUGCUGUAG